AAGCCACAUGCGAGAGUCUUUUCUUCUCCUAAACAAUGAGCACUUGUUCCAUGUACUAUGCGAGUGACUUCAUCGAUAAAUCCUGGAUCGACUCAUCUUACCACUGGCAUAUAAAGACAUUCGUCGGGACAAAUCCCCCGCGGCCAUUCACCGAAGCAGGCACUAGGACGAGUGAGACUCUUUCUACUCUCCUUAGCUAGCUUGUUCGCGCGAGGCCGGCCGGCAAAUCAGGUUGCUAGCUCAUCUUCUUGGAAUCGUCGCCAAUGGCGGUGUCCGGAGCGGCGGCGGCUGCGCUAGCGAUGGCGGUGUUGCUGUUUCUUGGGAUCAUUGGCGUCGCGCGUGGCCAGCUGCAGGUGGGGUUCUACUCCGACUCCUGCCCGGACGCCGAGGACACGGUCACCGCCGCCGUCCAGGACGCCGCCAACAACGACCCCACCAUCCUCCCCGCGCUGCUCCGCCUCCAGUUCCACGACUGCUUCGUCAAGGGGUGCGACGCGUCGGUGCUGAUCAGGAGCGCAAGCAACGACGCCGAGGUGGACAACAGCAAGAACCAGGGCCUGCGCGGCCAGGACGUGGUCGACGCCGCCAAGGCGCAGCUCGAGGACCAGUGCCCCGGCGUCGUCUCCUGCGCCGACAUCAUCGCCCUCGCCGCACGCGACGCCGUCGCCCUGACGGGCGGGCCGACGUUCGACGUGCCAACGGGGCGGCGCGACGGCCUGACUUCCAACCUCCGCGACGCCGACGUGCUGCCGGACGCCGCCGACUCCAUCAACGUGCUCCGCUCAAGCUUCGCCGCCGCCGGCCUCAACGACCGAGAUCUCGUCCUCCUCACAGCGGCGCACACGGUGGGCACGACGGCGUGCUUCUUCGUGAAGGACCGGCUGUACAGCUUCCCUCUCCCGGGCGGCAAGGCGGGGUCGGACCCGUCGAUCCCGGCGGCGUUCGUGGCGGAGCUCAAGGCCCGGUGCCCGCCGGGGGACUUCAACACGCGGCUGCCGCUGGACCGCGGCAGCGAGAGCGACUUCGACGACUCCAUCCUCCGCAACAUCCGGUCGGGGCUCGCCGUCAUCGCCUCCGACGCCGCGCUCGCCAACAGCAACGCCACCCGCGCGCUCGUCGACGCGUACCUGGGCCCCGCGGCGGGGAGCUUCGAGCGGGACUUCGCCGCCGCCAUGGUCAGGAUGGGCAGCAUCGGCGCCAUCACCGGCGACGAUGACGGCGAGAUCAGGGACGUCUGCUCCGCAUUCAACACCAACUGAUGUGAUCUCAGUCGGCGUGACAGAGAGAGAUAGUUAUUUGUGUGUACAUUUCAUUUCUUUUAGUCGAUUGGUUUUCGAAUUUAGCUAGAAAUUCUAGAGAAAUUGUGCUCGAAAAAGUGGGGCACAUCGAGGAAGGAAUUGUGCGGUGGAAUUGAUGGAGAACUUUUGGUGCAGCAA